AUAUUAUCUAUUCGGCAGUGAUUGUGCGCAUGAGUCGCAGCGUCCUACGUCUUCUGUCACGUAUUUUGUUCUUUCGUCUACAAUUUUACAAUUCUCGGGUCGUCCACCGUUCGAUAAACGACUAGUGAUUUUACGCCAGCGAUUUGUGCCGUGUCGUCGGAUAGAUUUAGAUAUAUACCAUUUUAAUAUUAUCGCAUAAUAUAGUGUCAUGAUAUCUCCAUCGUCGUCGUUGUCGGAUCACCGUUGCCUUGGUAGUAGCCGCCGGAAGUGACGCCCGGAAACUCGCUCGAACAUGGAUGAUAAUAAUAUUGUCGUUGUUCCGGCUGUCGCCCGCCGCCGCUACCGCCGCCGUGUCAUCAACUACGCAGAAUUGGCAGACAGGCGAAUACCGCGACGAUUUAUCAACGACAUAUCUAUCAAACGACAAUCGGAAAUAUUAUAGCUCUGGCACGAUUUUUUUUGGAUAUUUUUAAGUUUCACAAAACCCAUUUCGCAUUUUUUAACGAACGAAAGAUUGAUUUUCAAACGGAUUUAUUAUUGGUAUGGCGACCACCGGCUAGCGAUGGUGCCCACGUCGGUAUUGGUGUUGUGCGGCCUGCUGUCGGCCGUCUCCGUGGACCCGGCAUGGUCCGCCAGCGGUCCGGUCAUUCAGCAAUGUCCCACGCACGGCGAGAUUGCACCGUGUGUGUGCACGGUGAAGAAGAACGGCGGUUUGGACAUUCUGUGCGAGUUCACCGAUCUGCAGCACAUAUCCAAGACGAUGGCCGUGCUCAAGGGCAAACCGUCGCUGGUCAUAUUCUACCUGAAGCUCCGGCACAACAACCUUCCCAAGUUGCAGGGUUUCGUGUUCCUAGGCAUGGACAUCCGGCAUCUCACCAUACACAACAGCACGCUGGCUGUGGUCGAAGAGUCGUCGCUGAGCUCUAUCGGAAAAGCGCUCACCCAAUUAGAUCUGUCUCAGAAUUCAUUAAGCAGCGUACCGACUCCGGCGUUGAAAAGCCUAGAUCGAUUGCUGAUAUUUAAUUUGAACCAUAACAAAAUCAGCGCUAUCCACGCAAAUGCUUUCGAGGGAAUGAGCACGCUGGAGAUAUUGACAUUGUACGAAAAUAGGCUUACAAACAUUGAGGCUAAUGCGUUCGCCGGCACAGAGAAGAAACUGAAACGAUUGAACAUUGGAGGUAACGAAUUGAGCCGGGUACCAACUGGAGCUCUACAAACAAUGGACAACUUAAAGAAAUUAGAAAUUCAAGAAAACAAGAUUACGUCGAUUAGCGAAGGCGAUUUCAUAGGUUUACAAACAUUGGAUAUGCUGAUCCUAGCACACAAUUAUCUCAAACACAUACCUGCCAAAGUAUUUCGACAUUUACCUCUACUGAAUUCGUUAGAGUUGGAUGGAAAUCAAAUAUCGAGUAUUGACGAAGAGGCUUUUUUCGGUUUGGAAGAAAAUCUUCAAUAUUUAAGAUUGGGUGACAACAACUUGCAUACAAUACCAAGCGAAUCGCUCCGUCGUUUGCACAGACUUCGACACUUGGACCUUAAAGCAAACAACAUAUCACAUAUUGCUGAAGAUGCUUUCACAGGUUUUGGCGAUUCAAUCACAUUUUUGAAUUUACAAAAAAAUGACAUUAAAACGUUACCGAUGAUGGCAUUCGAGAAUUUGAAUUCCUUGGAAAUAUUAAACCUACAAAACAACAAACUAACGCGAGUGCCGGAAGAAGCGCUCGAGGCAAUCGUAGACACCGCAACUGUUAUUGAUAUUAUGGAUAACCCGCUGAUUUGUGACUGUGACCUGCGCUGGUACAGGGAUUGGCUGAAAGAGUUACGUCACCGGGACGACGACGACAUCAUCCAGAGGAAACACAUACUCUGCCUGAUGGAAGAAGAACACAGGGAGUUCAGUGUCUUGAAUUUGCCAGUGGAAAGAAUGAACUGCGUGGGCAAAAAAUACUCGUCGUCAGCCAACGGGAUCGGCGAAACUAGAGUCCUGUCCCGCAUCCUGAUAGUUGUCGUCUUUGCCCUACACCAAUUCAAAUAAGCACACUAACCCGCACACACACACACACACACACACACACACACACACACACACACACACACAUACACACAAACACACACACACACACACGCGCUUACACUCUGCAAAUGCACACGAGCUAUCUAAUAUAAAAGCCAUAAUCAUAUAUAUAUAUAUAUACACAUGUAUGUAUGUAUAUAUAGAUAUAUUAUGAUAUUAUUUAUUAUAGCAUACGCCUACAAAACCACCCGAACUCUCAACUCGCGUUGAUAUUAAAUAAACGUUUCGUAUGUGCCAGUGUGCACUGUGCAGGUACAAUGCCUAUGGUUCAAACCCGGCUAUAUAAAUAUUAUUAGAUAUUAAGACCGGUAACUAUAGUAUGGUAGGUGAUAACUCAUUACCAUUUGCUAUAAUAUGUGUAGAAUAUCUCAACUACAGAAAACAAUCGAAAGGAGAGCGUCAGAAUUCGCGGUGUUUAGACUUGCUUUCGCCGCAUGAUAUUAUUGUUUUGUGUUCUUAUAUUUAUUUAUUGUUCUCCGUCAUUUAAAAAAAAUAAAACAAAAUAAAAACGAAACGACGCACCCCGACGACAACUGUCAUUAUUGAUGCGAAUCACUGUUGCGAUACGAUAUCCUUCAUAUCAAUAUCGAACCAACACGACAAGGCGGUCGUACAAUACGAUUUCAAUGUGCCGACUACGAUUUCGGUCUACACAAUAUUAUAAUAUCACCUACACUCACGUGUUUGUAUAUUUUUUAUUUUUUUUUUUUUUUUAUGUAUAUUUUUCGUUUAUCGUUCUCUCAAUUUGGCCGACGAACGUUGGACCUUUUGCCGACAACAUAUCAACCACAUAUCAUCCGUAUCGUAUUUAAGUAUAUAAUAUAUUUUAUAGGUAAUAAUAAUUUAAUCAUAGCAAUAAUAUUAUAUUUUGUCGUAGCCUCACAGAAAACGUGUAGCGCGACUCUUAGAUACGCAUGUGCUAUUUAUAGAGUUCAAUGCAGUUUUACGUGCUUUUUUUUCACCGGAAACAUUAUACGCUUUUAAAAUAUCUACCCCCGUGCGUGUCGUAAAUAAUUUAAUAAUUUAUAUUUUAAUGUCGCUGUGUAGAGUGGAGUGGACAACGCAAGCGUGCACCACUCGGACACCACUCGGUGGUUGUCGUGUAGAUAAUAUAAUAGUACAUGUAGAGGUAGGUACAACGAUUAGGACACGCUCCGGGAAUUCAUCGAUCGUUUUCGACGAUGACAGUGACGUCGAAUACAUUAUACGGCAGCGUAUAGCACUAUAGUAAUUAUUUUUAAUUUAAAACUAUUGCCGUGAAAAAAACCCAUCCAACAAACCCAGAACACGAAACCUUGAACUUAAUCGUUAGGUUUUUUUUUUGUUGUUUUUUUAUCAUUAUAAUAUUAUUGUCAUUUGUCAAAUUGUACGGCGCUACACAAUAUAACACGCGUGCAUGUACCACCAGCUACUUGUUGUCUGUCCAUAUUAUCUUUGGGCUGUUGCCCUGUUGGUUUACGAACGGCAUAUUUAAACGUCCGCGGUGAUUAAAAUCGCCCGCAAGCCAUCAGUGAAAAUUCGACGUUUUCGCCGUAUAGGAUAACAACCCAACAUAACAUCUAUUGCCACUAGAUACUACGACAAAGUGGGCAGCCCAUAGAGGCAUAGACCCUUAUUCCCUUAUAAUAGACAGGAAAUUUGAAUUUGAAUGAAAACAGCAUUACCAUCGCGACAUUCGUAGAAACAUAUUCGCAAUGAUGAAGCCCGCAUUGACUACAGAUGUGCUAAUUUUAUAAUAUAAUAUAAUAUUCUAAUACCUAACCGUUAAGUCACACUUUUUUCUAGUACUAAUUUUAUUUUUGAAUUUUCAACAUUCUUUUAUCUGAACGUAUGUAUGUAUUUAUUAUUAUAAUUGAUACAAGACGUUAAUCCUUAUGGUUGGGUGAAUAAUGUUUUAUCCAAUGUAUGAAGAAUCCACAUAAUAUAUUUAAUACUAGUAUUAAAAACAAGUAUAUAAACAUCUCUUUUGACACAUCAAAAAUACAUUUGUAACCCACGUUUAAUUUAUAAAUUAAAUUCAAAAUUAAUUAUUCGAGCAUUCGAACCAUUCGCCAUCUAUUUUUCCACGUCCGGCGUACAAUCACUUCUUGUCUAUAAUUAGCAUAAGGUAUUAAGCGGUCUUUAUGGCAGUCUUAUUAGACGUAUAAAUAGGUAAUCAAAAUGACUGGUCGGCGAGCAUUUGGCGUAUUAGGUACUGCACCGUGCACUGCGUUGCACAUAAAUAUAUCAUAAUUAAUAAUUAGGUAUACAUGAUAUACAAUAUUGUUCAACCUGUAGGUAUAC